UUGCCGGGUGACCGGGCGGUGAUACUGUAGCAUGUAGUGUUUUUAUGAAUCUUACGCAAACUUUCUUUGAUUCAGCUCUUCGCUAGAGCCAGCGGUGAAUGUCGAUUCGUUGUUAUCUGCAUAUAUUCAUGCGUAAAUAGUUAUUUUUCAAAGAUUUCUUCGGAAUGCACAAGUGUGUGAAUUAAAUAUUCGGCAACAAUAAAUCAAGAUGGCGUCUAGGAAAAUGGCGGUGUGUUUUUUAGUAAACUGAUGCGAUAGCAUUUCCGAUAACUGUCACCCUGUGUUUUAUAGAGUAAAUUUGAUAAAUGAGAUAACCGUUAGAUUCAGGGAAGCAAAAAGCUUCAAAAAAAAUAACCAAAAAUGGCAGACAAUGAUGACCUUCUGGAUUACGAAGACGAGGAGCAAACUGAACAAGUUGUAACAGGCAAUGGAGAAGUUGCCCCAGCCAAGAAGGAAGUUAAGGGAACAUACGUAUCUAUCCAUAGCAGUGGCUUCAGAGAUUUCUUGUUAAAACCAGAAAUCCUGCGUGCCAUUUCUGAUUGUGGUUUUGAACAUCCAUCAGAAGUUCAACAUGAAUGUAUACCUCAAGCUGUACUUGGAAUGGACAUUUUAUGUCAAGCUAAGUCUGGUAUGGGAAAGACAGCAGUUUUUGUAUUGGCUACUUUGCAACAACUAGAACUGGCAGAGAACCAAGUUUUGGUUUUGGUAAUGUGUCACACUCGGGAGUUAGCUUUCCAAAUUAGCAAAGAGUAUGAGAGGUUCAGUAAAUACAUACCACAAGUCAAGGUAUCAGUUUUCUUUGGUGGAUUGCCUAUUCAAAAGGAUGAAGAAGUCUUAAAAAAUACUUGCCCUCACAUUGUUGUGGGAACACCUGGACGUAUUUUAGCUCUUAUAAGGAGUAAGAAACUCAACCUUAAGAAUUUGAAACAUUUUAUUCUUGAUGAAUGCGAUAAGAUGCUGGAACAACUAGACAUGCGCAAAGAUGUACAAGAAAUUUUCAGAAGUACUCCACAUAACAAACAAGUUAUGAUGUUCAGCGCUACCUUGUCCAAAGAAAUUCGUCCAGUCUGCAAGAAAUUCAUGCAAGAUCCAAUGGAGGUCUACGUGGAUGAUGAAGCUAAGCUCACCCUUCAUGGAUUACAACAACAUUAUGUCAAACUCAAAGAGAAUGAGAAAAACAAGAAACUCUUUGAACUUUUGGACAUUCUCGAAUUCAAUCAAGUCGUUAUUUUUGUAAAAUCAGUUCAGAGGUGUAUGGCAUUAGCUCAACUUCUGACAGAACAGAACUUCCCGGCGAUCGGUAUUCAUAGGGGAAUGACUCAAGAGGAACGAUUGACUAAAUAUCAGGCUUUUAAAGAUUUCCAGAAGAGAAUUCUGGUAGCUACAAAUCUGUUUGGUCGUGGUAUGGAUAUUGAGCGUGUAAACAUCGUGUUUAAUUACGACAUGCCAGAAGAUUCUGACACAUACCUUCAUCGAGUAGCUCGAGCUGGACGAUUCGGUACAAAAGGUUUAGCUAUCACCCUUGUUAGUGAUGAAGCAGAUGCCAAAAUUCUGAAUGAUGUACAAGAAAGAUUCGAUGUAAAUAUCACUGAACUCCCAGACGAAAUUGACUUAGCUUCCUAUAUUGAAGGAAGAUAAAUUAUUGACUUGUAUCAAGAUCUACAUUUUUUACCUAAAUGUAUCUUCUCACUCUUACCAGUAUACAUAUUAUAAUUUAUAUUUUAUUAGCACAAUAAUAAAACCCAAACAAUCAUGUGAA